AUUGCACUCCGGUCCUACAGUGGCAAGCGUGAGCGGAAGUCGGCAGCUGCCGGACUUAGCACGUUGGCUAACUCACUGCUUACCUACAAUACAUGUACAGUCUGCAGUUGUUUAGCUGUAAUGCCGGUUUAAACAGAAUAGCUGUGGAAAAGGUCCAUUUGAAACAUGCCAGUGAAAGAAUACUGAUAAUUGUGAAAACAAGCUGUCAGAAUACAGUCUCUACCAAACUCUCCGACGAAUCUGUCAGCUAUGCGAUAUGACGAGUGUUUCCACGUGAGUUGCUAGUUAGCUAACGAUAGCAGCAGCACAGGUUGCUUUUGUAACAGUGGCGAGCUAGCGUUUGUCUUUAGCAGGGCUUGAAAGUCAAACCCGCUGUCAGUCACAAUGAUGACGGACCACAGACCAGCAUCUGUAUUGUGUGAUGAGGAUUUGCACGAAUAAAGAAAUGACAAAAGAGGACAGCAUUUCAUCUGGACUCCACACCUUGGGACGAACCAUCAUUACCGGCAUACCCCAAUAGCCUGAACAUGACCUCCUCCUGAUCAAAUCAGAGGACUCCCUUCUCUCUCCCUCUCCUCCUCCUCCUCCUCCUCCUCCUCCUUCCCUCUCCUCCUCCCCUCUCAUCCUCCCCUUCAACAGCCAUGCUACGCCUGGCACCCAUCAGGUUCUGCUUGUCCCACCGGCUCCUCCACACGAGCGUGGCGGUCCGGGACCAGGUGAUGGACCAGCUGCAGGCCUGCGCGGCGGACGACCAGAUCCUGGAGGUGGUGGGGCGGCAUAAGGCCAAGCUGUCGGUGAGCCACGUGGGCAGCGCCGUGAGCCUGCUGUGGCAGUUCCAGAAGGAGAAGCCCGAGCUCCUGCGCACCAUUAACCUGGUGCGCCACCAUCCGCAGUUCCUGACGCUGCGCGUGCUGGCCGAGAACAAGAUCAGCCAGAUGGACGACGUCACGGUGGUGGACAUGCUCUACAACGCACUCAGGCUUCAUGUGGAACCCCACGAUUCCCUCAUCCAGCAGUUGGUCACAGAAGCAUGGAAGAGACUAGACAGGUUUCAGAUGCCCACUCUCUCCAAGUUCUCUAUCUGCCUGAAUGACCAGUACCUGCACCAUAGUACUCUGAUGGGAGAGAUUACAGAGAUCCUCAGCAGAAAGCUCCACUUGAUAAACGAUGCAAGGGUCCUCACGACGCUCAUGAUCAGCGUCUCCUCCCUGUCGUCCCCUCGGCUGCGUGACGCGCUCAUCAAGAGGGCCGACGUCCUGAUGGACUCCACGGACCCAACCAAGUACAAUAACCCACGGCGAGUGGUGCAGUUCAUGCGUAACUCCAAACACACACACCGGCUGCUGCUGGAGAAGUGCAACGGGCUGCUGCUGCUCAACGUGCCGCAGAUGAACGCCGAGGACAUCGCCAUCAUCACCGGCCUCUACCAGUCGCUGCAGUUCAACAACUGCGACUUCCGCCUGGCCUCGCGCCAGCGUCUGCUGGAGCUGGUGGACUCCAGCACCGACCCAGUGGCCUUCACCAGGCUCUUCGCCACGCUAGGACCCAUGGCCAGCCUGGACGUCCGGGAGAGGUUGGAAGGCAUGGCCCUGCUCCUAGCGGAUGAGCUGAAUGGCCAGCAGGCGCUGGCUGUUGCAGAGACUCUAGAGGAGAUACAUUGCAGGAACCCACAGCUCAUCAACAAGAUUGCAUCCAUCCUGCACAAAAACCUGGACCAUUACCGUCCAGUGGAGAUCGCCAGGGUGACCCAGACUCUCAUGGUUCUGCACUACCAGAGCCCGGACCUCUACAACCGCCUCAAGACCAUCAUGCUCAGGUACCUGCAGUCCAGCGUGUUCCCACACGAGGUCACCAUGUUGACGCGGGUCCUGUCCAUGCUCCCCUCCCCCCGCCUGGACGAGGCGGUGCUGGCGCGGGUGGAGGCCGUCCUGCCCCAGUGCAGCCUCAACAACCUCAACACCCACGCCCUGGCCACCGCUAAGUGGCUCCGCCACGACCCCACCUACCUCCACAGCACCCCUAGCCGCUACGUCAGACUCCUUCAGAGCCUGAUCCGCUGCGGCCAUGAGAGGCUGGGCCACGCAGACCGCCUGGAGCUGCUCUUAGAAGAGUUGCGUUACCUGUCGGGGGAGUGGUUCGAGGAGGUGCUGCUGGAGGAGUCGGUGGCCACGUGCAGGAGGCUGGCUGGUCAGGUUACCACGGCCAACGUGCCGGACUUGGCCAUCUUCCUAACGCGCAUCAACUACCUCAGCCCGCCACUCCUUGACCGCAUCGCCGAGGUGGCACUGGAGGGCAUACAGGGGGUCCACUUCUCUGCCACCUACCCCACCCUGCUGCCUUUCGCCACGCUGAACUACAACACGCCACUCGUCGAUGAGUUAUUCAACGCCUGCAUUCAACGCCUUACCCCGCACAUCAGCUCGUUUGACCCUCACCUGCUGGUGCUCCUGGCCUACGCUCUGGCCCUGGCCGACUACUUCCCAGAGGAGGUCAUCAGAGAGAUCUUCAACGUGGACUUCCUGGCCAAGCUCGACUCCCAGCUGGAGACGUUACCGGACGCCCUGAACUUGCGGAUCCGUCUCCGACUCAUGGAGCUGAACCGGGCCGUGUGUCUGGAGUGCCCUGAGUACCAGGUGCCGUGGUUCCACGAGCGCUACUGCAAGCACCAGCAGAAGAGAGGGAAUACUUCAGUGACCCCAGUCCAGCAGCAGAUCCACAAAAUGCUGGGGGAGGUCCUGGGUGGGAUCAACUGUGCCCGCGUGGCUGUGCUCACUCCAUACUUCUACACCGUCAACUUUGAGUGUGUUCUGGACCGCCAGGGCCAGCCGGUGCCCUACACCACACCCAGCAGGCUUCAGAUCAGCGAGGAGGGGAAGGUGCAGUGGGCAUCCAGUGCCACGGAGCAGGAGAGGAUGGAGCUGCCCACAGGAGCCCAGAGAAUCGCUCUCGACUUCCUCGACCCAAGGUCCUUCUGCAAAAACUCCCGGCACGUGAAAGGAGAGAUCCAUUUGAGGAAAAGGCACUUGGAAAUUCUUGGAUACCAUGUCAUCCAGAUUCCUCACUACGAGUGGAACUCUAUGGAGCUGUCUACUCAGGAUGCCUGGCAACAGUACCUGAAGAAGAGGAUAUUCCAGGACUUACCAUGAAGUUCUGAAGGACUUACAAGGAAUACAUUUCUACAGAGACAUAUAUAUUUUUGUAAAGGUCAUGUUGAUCAAUACAUUGCCACGGGGGUCCAUGUUUGGACUUCGUUUGAAGAUGGUCACGCUUCCGGGCAGGAAGGGAAAAGUGACUGGGGUUUAUCAAGUGCACAUUACACUGUGGGAGAUGCGUAUGUGUGACUGACUAAAAAUGGACAACGCCUCGGGAAACAAAUCAUGAGAUGGAAUGCUAUGUGCUAAUAUUGCUAUUGAAUGUUUAAUAAAAAUGCUGAUGCUCUUUUGUUUAAA